GCGUUUGUCCGACUUAUUAUAGGCAAAGGCUAGUGACGAGGAUGAUUGCGUAAUUAAUGCAGGGAUACACGUAGACCUUAUAAUUAUGCGUAAAUUGUUGACGUUACAUUUUUUAUGUUAGAAAGGGGAAAGUAACGGUAUCCCAUGUUUUAUUUUGUAAACAAGGAUUGUUGCUAUGUGCAGAACAAUAUAACGUUUAAUUUCCUCUAGCGAUUUAAUUUCAAGAAUUCUGUGUCGGGGAAUUCUCGGCUCGUACAAGUUUCCGACGACAAGUUUUCCGUCAGGCUGCUGAAAGAGACGGAGUAGGGUAGCCUACAGCCGGCCUCCGUGCUAAAUUAGGCGGCCGGAAAGUGGCAUUAAAUAAACACCUGUUCGGAUGAAUCAUAGCGAGCGACGGAGAAGAAGAAAGAGCGACGCCAACAGAACAACGUUGCUCAUCGAUUCUGUCGUAAUCAGAAAUCGAGAUGACAGCCCCGGAAGACAACCAACACGACUGCCUCGCGAUCAAAGAGCUGGAAAAUAUAUUGGAUACGUGCAAGUUAGAUCUGACAACGGUCGAUGAGGUGUGGUCAAAUCUUUAUAUUGGAAACGUGGCAAUAGCCCAGAACAGGACGGCGUUGCAGAGACUAGGCAUCACCCACGUACUGAAUGCCGCUCAUUCCAAGCAGGGCAGCAUCGGGGACCAGGAAUUCUAUGGAAAUUCUUUUGUGUAUUACGGCAUUCCUGCCGAGGAUUCCUCUCAGUUUGACCUGAGCCUUUAUUUCAAACCCGCGGCUGACUUUAUCCACAAAGCACUGAAGAAGAAAGACUGUAAGGUGCUGGUGCACUGCAUCAUGGGCAUGAGUCGGUCCGCCACCCUGGUGCUGGCCUACCUCAUGUUGCAUCACCGCCUGAGUCUCCGCAGCGCCAUUCAAAAGGUCGUCCAGAAAAGAGCCGUUUACCCCAACAGGAACUUCCUGGCUUUGCUCCUGGACUUGGACAGGAACUUAAAAAGGAAAAGGAGGCUGUGUCCUCUUCUGUGACUGGAGCCUUUCCUUCAAUUCACAAAUAAAGGCUACAGAAUCACACAUAUGCCUACUGUACAUACAAUACAGUACCUGUGUGAAUGGCAUUAAAAAACAAUACCUACUGUGUUAUCAAGUUGUUUUGUAUUAACCUUUGUAGUAACCUUUCAGACAGGUCCUGUUUUUAGUCACAAGGGGUUAUUUUAGUCAAGAAAUAAUGUUUCAGCCUGUUUAAAUAUCACAGAUAAUGUAAAACCUGAGUCAAAUAAUGUGUAAUUUUGAUAUUUAUCAUAAGGCGCACAAAGCCAGUCUAUAGAAAUUUGUCUGCUUGAUAUUGGAACAUGACCUGGGGGUUUAUUAUCCUUGGUAAUUUCUUGGCAAACCAGUAGACAUUUCCUACAAAUGUUGUUGUUGGCAAUUAUUAUUAUUAUUCAUAUUUAUGUAGGAGCACUUAUGUAUUUGGAAUUGAGAAAUGUACUUUGUAUUUUCAACUGUAUAUUUCAAUGAAGUUGAAUAUGUUGAUUAGUUUGUAUUUCUAAAGUGUAUUUGUAUAGUGCAUUUUUAAUGUAUAUAUUUUUUAAACCAUGUAUAUUAACAACACUUGCAAAAGAAGGAACCUCAGACCAAGUCAGUGCAUCACAUUUACUGAUCGCAGUUCCAUUUGGAAAUUAAUAUUUCUGCCUAAUAUUAUGGCCCAGUAAACACAGGCACUCACGAGAGCUUCUGUAUGUACAAUUAUGAACAUGCUUUCUCACAUGACAUGGGAAUAGAAAUAAAAAAUAAGGCCACAGCAAUUGUUACAAAACACAAGGGGGGGGGGGGGGGUGUGGAAAUUGAGCACAGAUAAUAUUGCAGUUAUUUAAAUGGAGAAAUCAGGUUUCUGGGGUAUAAAUAUUUAAUUUACUGAAAAUUUAAUGUGCAUGUCCUCCGGCUCCCCGUUGCUUAAUAUAACCUUGAUGGAAUGUAGGCACGUUGGAAUUGGGACCCGCAUAUUAAAAUAGAAAAGGGCCUUGAGCUGAUUGCACUGUGAUGCAUUUGCUCUCUGCUAAGAUCACAUACUCUUAUAUACCCAGCUGGUUGUUGCUGCUACAGGGAAUCAAAGACCCCCUGAUGUCAAUAAGCAGUUACCGUAGAGUAUUUUUGUUCACAUAACGGUUGUGUGGCAGUUGUGUUGGUGUACUAACAAUACACCUUUUUUUUUUUUUAAUUUGAGAACUAGCGGCAGUCAUGCGUGAGUUCAUGGUAAUGCGCAUUGUAAAAUUCAUUUUUGUAUUACCAUAAUUUAGUCGAGUGUCUGAAAUAAAAUUUGACAAAAAAAAACAUGUAAUGGGCUCUGGUCAAUUAUACUUGUGGAAAGGCAUAUCCUUUGUCAUUGUGCUAAAUGCCUAAUUCAAAAGAAUUGUUUAAUUUAUUCAAAUUGCUUGAACAAGUUCCAAUCAUUUUUAAUCCAAUUUUAGCAUGUUUUUAAAUUGCUGGCUUUUUGAGUUAACUCUUACUUAAGUAACUCAUGUCUUGGAUUAUUUCUUAAAAGGCGAGCAAUGUGGUAUUUGUUUAAUAGCUCUAAAAUGUCAAAGAUCUGGCUUUGUUUAGAAUGAAAGAAAUACAGAGAAGCACAUGUAUAUAUAUACAGUAUGUGCGUGCGUACCACAUACACAUAUAUAUAUAACACACUCACACACACCCACACAGAUGUAUAAAUCGUACAAAUACA